UUCGGAUUCAAAAUUUUACAAAAUCUAUGUUAUGGAAUCUGUCAGCACGCUCACAGUCGCCACGGUAGGCGUCAAGGAUGCUGUCAAGGAGGAGGCGCGGUUCAUCGAGAAGAAUCUGAUUGUGGUCACCAAGCCGAGUGUGAAGGACGAACUGUCCGCCAGGUUCCUGCCCAGCUUUGCCUAUGUGACCUUUAAGCGACGGUCGCCGCAACUAAUCAGGGAACUCAUCAUAUCCCUGAUGGAGAGGGAGCCGGAAAUAGUCAAGGAGUGCGGCGAGUAUGCCCACUUUGAUCUGAAGCGCACGAUCUGGAGUCUGGAGCUACUUCGGGAUGACAUAAUUCAUAACAAGCAGUUUCAGCCCAUACGCGUCCAGGGCCCGGACACGGAGCAGUGGAAUAAGUUUAUAAAAUCCAUGAAUCCCGAUAGCCGGAGUUGGUUCUCGGCCGUGUGGCUGCAUGCCGAGUCCUACAUGUACCGGCGUAUCUGGUCGAUAUUCCAGCGCUCUGAGAGUCUUAAGAACUUUGACUACUUCGCGUACCAAAAAAUGGAGGCCGCCCGAACCACAGCUGCCCAGAUGAGCUCCACCCUGGUGUGGACAAUGAGGUAUAACCGCAGUCAGGAGAAUUUUCAGCGAAUGCUGAAACUCUGCGUUUGGGGCAAUCGUUGCGAUCUGUCCAUCUCCAAGAAGGGACCCGACAUGAAUCUGCCGCAGAAACUGAAGCAGUAUGAUGGGGACUUGUUGGUCGAUCAGUCGGCGGACGUGUGGAACGAUCUGAUCGAAGCCUACGACCCGGUCUACGUCGAUAUUGUUUGCGACAAUGCCGGGUAUGAGCUUUUUACGGAUUUCCUUCUGGCGGAUUACCUAAUCCAAUCUUGCCUGGCGGAAAGGGUGCGAUUCCACGUGAAAGCUAUACCAUGGUUUAUAUCGGACGUCACGGCCAAUGACUUCUACUGGAUGCUGAAGUUUUUUUGCUCGAAUGUGGAGUAUCCGGAGCUGCAGGGCUUUGGCCAACGAUUGCGGUGCUACCUUCGGAGCCGCAACUUCAUACUGUGCGACACCUGCCACUUUUGGACUAUCGGCUAUGACUGCAGCCGCAUGAAGGACCUCUUACCCUGCUUGUAUGUCUACAUGAGUACCGCCGCCUUGGUCAUCUUCAAGGGCGACCUCAACUACCGGAAGCUCUUGGGCGACAUCAACUACUGCUCCACCGAUGCGUUCUCCGACUGCCUGCGCGGCUUCCUGCCCACCAGUGUCUGUGCUCUGCGCGCCAUAAAGUCGGACAUCUACUGCGGCCUGCCGGUCUGCACGGUGGAGUGGCUAACGGAGGAGGAUCCCGACUGGAUGAUCACUGGCAACAAGGCAGUUAUCCAAAUCGCAGUCAAGCACCGGCUGUCGGGCGAUCCAAUUGCUUGAAUUUG